CGGCGCGGCGGGGCUGGGGGACACCAUGGCCUUGCGCUGGUGGUGGCCGUGCGGCGCCUCCUCCCGCCGGGCGCUGCCGCUCGGCUCCCUGCCGCGCCUCCGCCCGCCGGGGCCCGGCUCCCGCACCCCGCCGCCUCCGGCCCCCAGCGCGGCGAUGUGUCACUUUACCCAAAGAAGUUCAACUUUGUCAUUUCCAAAAAUAUGUAAUGUAUUUUGGCGCACUGUCCCCAGGUUUCAUCAUACAAGUACAUCCCACUUGUGCAGCUGCAGUAAGACAGUUAGUGAUGAAAAAUACCAAGACCCUUUUCAACUUGGUAGAAAAGACUUGAAGAAUCUCUAUGAAGAUAUUAAAAAGGAAUUACUUGUAUCUACAGCAGAACUUAAGGAAAUGUGUGAUUAUUACUUUGAUGGGAAAGGAAAGGCCUUUCGACCAAUGAUUGUGGUGCUAAUGGCAAGGGCUUGCAAUAUUCACCAUAAUAAUUCCAGGGAGGUGCAAGCAAGCCAGCGCUCUGUGGCCAUAAUUGCUGAGAUGAUCCACACAGCUAGCCUAGUUCACGAUGAUGUUAUUGAUGAUGCAAAUUCUCGUAGAGGAAAAAUGACAGUCAAUCAAAUCUGGGGAGAGAGGAAGGCUGUUCUAGCUGGUGACUUCAUCCUCUCAGCUGCUUCCGUAGCUUUAGCACGAAUUGGAAACACUACUAUCAUCUCUGUUCUAACUCAGGUGAUUGAAGAUCUGGUGCGUGGUGAAUUCCUCCAGUUGGGUUCCAAGGAAAAUGAGAAUGAGAGAUUUGCUCACUACCUCGAGAAGACUUUUAAGAAGACCGCGAGUCUUAUAGCAAACAGUUGUAAAGCAGUAUGUACGUCUGUCUCUUCUAAAGUUAACAUACCAUACUGUAAGCUUCACAGCUAAACUCCUAGUUAUUGCUGUUUUCUCUGGAGACCCUCCAAAGCAAACACUUUAAGUGGUAUUCUGCCAGAAUGUGAAUGGGUUUGAGAUUGUACAUUUUAUCACAGUUCAGCUGUGUAGCCUUCAAUAUUGGUUUUCACUUUUUCUUGUCUGUUUUAUAUUCAUACACAGAUUUAUUGUUGCCCUCACUUGAAUGAAAAUAAGGUUCACAGUGGCAGCCUUUAAUUUAUGAAAUUCUGCAACUUUGAGACUGUUUUUAAUCUUAGUUGAUAAUUCUUGAGCCUGUAAUUCGAUUUUAAGUUUUCUUUGACAUAUGGUGCCUCUCAGUGGUGUUGAGUGGGUCCUUAAAUGGUAACAGUGAGAGGAAACAACUAACUGUGUAUACUUCACGUUACAUUGUAAAAGAACAGAAGCAUGUACUUCUUGAUUUGUCUGGGGGUUUUAAUUAUCAAUUGUUAUAUCCAACCCUAUCUGUUCAGUUCUGUUACUUUAUUACCAAAAAAAUCUGAUUCAAGAUGGUGCUCUUAUUCACAUGUUUAGUUUUAGUACAGAAAAUUGAGAAGGUGGGCAAUAAUCACACCCCAAAAGAGUUAUAGUGGGUUUGUUUUGUUUUGUUAAUUAAAGGUGGUAUAGCUGGUGUUUGCUAUAGCAAGAGGGAGUUCUAAGAGAAUUAGACUAAAAAAUCUGUGUUAGUGUUAGUCAUCCUUUCUUCUCAGAGAACUGGUACAUUUGUGCAUACAGCAGUUGAAAUUGCUUAAAUCAAAAGGAUCAUAUAGGAGGAGAGACAUAGAUUUUGUGGGGAGGGAAAAUAUUUUUUAUUCUAGUGGGAGGAAAGAAAUUAGGUCUUCUGGAUCGAUCGUAUUAAUGUCAAUAUGACCCUGGCAAGAAUUUCCCUUUGCAAUUUUUCAUUUAUAUUAGUGGGCAGUUGGACUAGUAAGGAGCAUCACAUUAUUCUGCUACCCCAAUAAAAACAUACAUAUUUUUAUAUUCACUUUGACAGUCUUCCUAAAAGAACCUUCACAGACAGAAGAAGAAAUCACCUUCCCACUGGGUGGAUUCUCCUUACAAAUGUGCUAUUUUGAUUUUUUUCCUUUUCAUAAUUCACAAGAGUUCAGGAUUUAAGAACUUCCCUCCAGAUCGUUCCUGUGAUGCUGGUGAAGGGUGUGUUCAGCUGCUUUUCUUCUAGUGGUUGUUCUGAGUUGUUCCAUUACUGAAUCGUUGGAAUUUUACAUGCAGUAAAAUUUAUGUUAUAAAAGAAAAAUGAAAGGGAGGCCUGUCUAUGGCCAAACCAUACUUCCUGCACAUAGUAGGAAUGACUGGUAUAUAUGUGUCUCCCUCAGUUUCUUUUUGCAUGGAUUAGGAGAACUAUUGAUAGCAGUGAAAAGGGGACUUUGUUGUUUGGAAUUUGUUUGGUUUUUUGUAGAGGGGGUGUUGGGGUUGUUUUUGUUUAAUAGUUUUGAGUACUAAGGAAAAGGAUGGAAUCAGAAGGGAGUUCUGUUUUCUGUAGUGAAAGGUAUAAGCAGGAUCGUCAGUUCUGGCUUGAAAGGAAAUUCAGUUGGGGAAUCAAAGAGUAUUCACAUCUUGUUUUCAGGGAGAAAGCUAAGGAAAGAGUUAACUGGUUUUCAGAACAUCAGUUACAACCAGGCUAGUGUGUCAUUAUAAGCCCUUCAGUUCCUGUUAAUGAAGGGAAAGAACCAGUGAUUUGUUUCUGGGCAUAAAUAAAAGUAUUUACUGGAAAGAAGAUGCUAAACAAGUUCAGGUGGUAUCGUAGAUCUAUCAUGUCAUGCCUUGGAGAUGGAAGAGUAGAGUAUUCCUGGAAAAAUGUCUAAACAAGAUAAUAGAUAUUCACUGGUCUAGUCCUGUGUUAGAUACCUUCUGCAUCGCCAAAGCAUUACUGCAUUUAAAUCAAAAGUCCUUUGAGGUAGAGGAGUACUUUUUUUUAUGAACAGAACAGUCUGUUCAAGAUGUUAGAGCCAUCCCAGUCUCCAGUUUAUUUCUACAAUAGUUCCACAUGGGGGAAUGUUGCCAAAGUGGCAGUCCAAAUGAUAUGUUCCAAAAGGAAAUGGUGGCAAAUGGCCUAGAGGGUCACUGGAGCCUUAGUUACUGAAAGGCAUUUUUCAGAGAAACGCGAGAGGUGACUUUGGUUCAAGAAUUCAGAAACAAUAAAGCUGAAGUGGAAUUUCUAUUAGUCAUCAGGCAAGCUGGAGAUGGCAAAAUACGCUGAGCAGGUUCUCCUUCUGUCUUUUUUUUAUCCUGCUGUAAUGUGAAUACCUGACCCUCAUAAAGCUGUUUAUAUUUUGCACAGCAUACUUUCAGAAGAGGGAUUAAAUCAUGCCCCUUUUGAGAUAAGUGUAAAGUUGCACUAGAGAUUCUUGAUUUCUCAAUUAGGAGAAAGCAUGCAGCCUCCCCGUGUAAGGCAAAGCUGUGUAUGGAAGGUCUGCCUUAGGGACAGAAGAAAAGGUCAGAAUAGUCUGCAGCUCUGAAUCCACCUGCGAGCUCCUGCUUUAACUAGCAGUUUGGUGUGUGCUCAGGGCUCUAUCAGAAACACCUACCAGGGUGUGGAACCUGCGCCUAGGAAGAUCAGACCUCUGACCCCCCACCGGCACAACUGAUCCCCCCAGCCCAGCUAGGAAGGCAGAAUACAAUCAAGUCUAAUGACAGAUGUAGGGUAAUAGUGUCAGGAGCAUCAGAUGUUAUGGAUAGCCAGUAAAUUUCCUUAUUUAUUAUUUAAAAUACAGUAACUCCUUUGGGGGUGUUUCUUCUUCGUGUUUGCUAUGGAGAUGAUUAGUGUAAAUAUAACACAGAUAUUCAGACGGAUAGUCUUAACUUCUGUAAAAGUACAAUUCUUCAUAAACAAGUACUUGGUUAACAUGUUAAAAUAUUAAUUUUUUGAGAAAAGGUCAAAUACAUGAAAAUGCAGACUCAAGAUGAGAUAAUUGUCUGCUGGGGGCGGGGGGGAGCUUCUGCUCUUCCAGGUAGGCCUUCCAACUCCCUUGCCAAGAGUAGUUACCAAAAAGGAUUUGAAGAACUUGGAGGAAAAGUCAGCAGUGCGCCCUGCAGCAGCAAGCACGUUCCGGCCUGCAUCCCUCCCAGUGUAGCUGGCAUGUCAAGGGAAGCGACUGUUCUCUGUUGAGCGUAUGUGAGACCUGAAGGCCGGGCUCCCUCGUACCAGACAGACAUUCACGUGGUGGAGUGGGUUCAGUGAAGGGCCACUGUGAUGGCUGGCGCUGGAGCAGAUGCUAUGCCAAGAGCUGGUUUUAGCCUGGAGUAGAGAAGACUAAGGGGGAGUCCUCUUGCCCUCUCCAGCUAUGUAAUGGGAGAGUGUAGAGUGUAGGGGGAGAUGUGCAGUGAAAGGACAGGUUGUACUAUGGAAAACUUCUAUUAGCUAUUAGGAAAAAUUUCUCCAUGAGGUUGGUCAAAUGCUGGAACAGGUUGCCCAGACAGGGUGUGGGAUCUUCAUCCUUGGAGAUGCUCAAAACUCAGCUGGACACAGCCCUCAGCAACCUGAUCUAACUGUGAAGUAAGCUCUGCUUUGAGCAGAUGACUGGACCAAAUAAAUUCAGAGUUCCCUUCCAACCUAAACUAUACUGUUAUUCCACUGGAAAGAGGAACAGUGCUCCUGUCUGGAAAAACUGGUAGAUGAGCCACAAAUGAGAAGGCAAGAUCCUGAUUGCUUCAGGAGAUGGGCACGAAGGAGAAAGUCUGGACAAGGGGAAGAGUUUUAGAUUUAGAUUUUCCUUUCCAUCGUGUCCACAAAUCUAGGAGUGUGAGAGCAAACGUCUCUUGCACUGUUGAUACCAGCAUAUCCCUGCCCAGCAGCAGAUUUUCCUCUCUGACCUGCAAGAGGCACUGCUAUAGAUGUGCAAGUGUUUUCAACUCCAGCUGCCACAGUCUCACAUAAUAACAGAGCAGGAUGUAUCUACCCAGAGCUGGUAACAGAAUAAUUUAUGGAUAUGAAAUUCAGUAAAGAGGCAAGAUUGGUUUAUAGUCUCUCAUGUAACAUAAAGCAAGAGAAACCAUUUUCUAUUUUUAAAAGUGUGUUUGAAAUAACGCCAAGCAGACUGACUGGCUUUACUGAAUUCAAAGAACCUUUCUAAAGAAUUUGUACUACUUGGUAUGAGGAAGGAUUUUCAUUUUUCAUUAGAAUUUAGUAGAGGACAAGUCUGAAUUCCUACAAGAUUAAAUUUGUAGUCAACCAGUCAUAUCAGGGGAGCUGUAUGAUGUUUUCAAAGGGUGAACUUUAUCAUUUAAGCAUAUAUCAUGAUAUAUAAACAUAUGACAUUCUAUUGACAUUGUUAUCCUGAUUUGUAUUUGUAAAUGCAUGCCAUUAUCCCAUUAUGGCUGCAGUUAAACUUCAUCACGAAGAGUGACAGGCUGGCUGGGACAAGGCUGCCUGCCUGCAUCCCAGUGAGAGCCCUGAUGAGGGCAGUAAUUCACAAGAGCAACUUGAGAAAUUGGCUCCUGAAGGAACUCCCUGGUAGCGAGACCCGGUCAUGUUGCAGGUUUAUGAUGUGGUCAUGGUCAGAGAGCUGGUCACUUGAGGUGUGAUAGGCAGAUUAAUCUGGAUUUAUUAAUUUUUUUUUGUCUUCAGAAAUAAUCAUAACCUGAAUAGGAGCUAUGAAAGUCUUCUCUUACAGAGAUGCAAGAAUAAAUGUUGCACUGAUGAA